CUCCUCCCUCCGGCCCAGCCCACCUGCGCGCGGUGAGCCGGCCAAAGAUGGCGGAAGCUCGCUGGCGUUUGACAGGCGACGGAAGCGAACGUGUCUGACGGCGGCGUUCACUGAUAAAUAUAUUGCUGGCACUGCAGAUACAAUAAUACAAUGAGUCCAGGCGAAAAGAAAUGAUAAACCAGAGAUUAACUCCGACCGGUUAAAACAUUUUCUGACUGUUCAUGUAGGCUGUGCUGAAUGUAGCACAGAGACGGUGACAUUAAGACAUACUUUUUCCUGACCGAGUUUUCCUUGACUAUUCCCCGGAGUCAAAUGUGUCACAGGUAAUUGUGAAUUCGUCUGUGUACUGUCCCCCAUCCCUCUCUCCGGUGACAACAGUGAUGUCUUCUGUCCCUGUUGUUUCGGCCUCAGACUGCUAUCUGCCGGGUCUAGACUCCCUGUCUGUCAGUUCACUCCCAUCAGGGGAGCUGGAGGAGGAGGCAGAGGCGGAGGGGGAUGAAGAGGUACUAGGGGACCUGGAAGUUAACCCCUACGAUGGGCUUCCCUUCUCCUCACGGUACUACACCAUGCUGGAGGAACGGCGCCGUCUACCUGUCUGGAGUGUUAAGGACAGCCUGAUGGAGCUGCUGGAGAGCCACAGCAUAAUAGUUCUAUGUGGGAGGAGUGGGGCAGGCAAGAGCACGCAGGUGCCGCAGUGGUGUGUGGAAUAUGCCUUUUCUUUGGACUUUUCUUCUGGGCUGGUGUGCUGUUCACAGCCCUAUGCUGCAGCAGCAAGCUGUCUUGCCCUGCGUGUGGCUGAUGAAAUGGACCUUAGUCUGGGCCUGGAGGUGGGAUACAGGGUUCCACAUGAUGAUGGCUGUACCUCCGACACCCUGCUGAGGUUUGUGACCGACAGCCUCCUACUGAGUGAGAUGAUGUCCGACCCGCUGCUGCGACAGUAUGGGCUGCUGGUGAUAGACGAGACCCAGGAGAGGACUGUGGCCAGCGAUGUGCUGCUGGGGCUGCUCCGGGACGUGUGCCGACAGAGGGCUGAGCUCCGCGUGGUGGUGCUCACCUCCCCACUGCUGGCUCCCCGCAUGGCCGCGUUCCUGGGCGAGGAGGUCCCUUUGCUCUCCGUGCCCGACCCCGCUCAAUCUGCUGCUGUUGAUUUGCUGUACCGUGACCCCUCUGCUGGAAGAGAGCCUGCCAUGGCUGCCUGUCACAUGGUCCUUGAUCUCCAUCGUAGAGGAGAGGAAGGUGACAUCCUGGUCUUCCUUCCCAGUGCCCAGGAGAUUGGCAAGUGUGAGGCACUGUUAGAGAAGGAGUCUGUGGCUCUGAACACCCAGCUGGGGUUCCUCAAAGUGCUGCCACUCCACCUGGGCCUGGGAGCGGCCACUCAGCGUGUAUACGAUACGGGGUCUGAAGUAAAGGAGUCGGGGGACCAAGGAAACUCAGGGAAAUCAAGGCGCAGGGUCAUCCUGACUGACAUCCUUGGAGAAGCUUCUUUCACCCUCAGCAAUAUCCGCUAUGUCAUCGACACAGGCCUGCAGCUCAAGACAGUUUACAACCCACAAGUCAGAGCAAACUUCCACAUACUACAACCAAUCAGUUGUGACCAGGCAGACAUACGUAGCCAUAGAGUCAAUAGCAGUUCUCCUGGAAUCUGUUUCCGGCUCUAUCCCCAGUCUCUGUACGAUGAGGUCAUGGUAAAGACUCGCAGCCCUGGUGUGGUGGAGGAGAACCUCAGCCAUGUGGUGCUCCUGCUGAAAAGGCUGGACAUAGCUGACAUGGGCCAGUGCAAGUUCCUCGAUAGGCCUGCCCCAGAGUCCCUGAUGCAGGCCAUUGAGGAUCUGGAUUAUCUGGCAGCUUUGGAUGAUGAUGGUAACUUGUCAGAAGUAGGAAUCAUCAUGUCAGAGCUGCCACUGGAGCCUCCACUGGCCAAAGCCCUCAUUGCAUCCUGCGAGUUUGACUGUGUCAGCGAGGUGCUCACCAUUGCAGCUAUGCUCUCUGCUCCUCCUUGCUUUGUAACACCACUGCCUCACAAUGAAGCAGCAGCCAUGACUCACUGGCGUCUCCUGCUGCAUCCAGAGGGGGAUCACUUCACUCUAAUCAAUGUUUUCAAUGCGUAUGUCCAGCACCAAGAGGAUGAUGGCUGGUGUGUUAAGAACUUCCUCAAUGCCGCCUCCUUACGACUAGCUGUAACCAUUCGAGCACAGCUGCUGGACGUCAUGCAGCGAAUCGAGUUGCCCAUCUCGGCACCUGCCUUUGGUUGCCAAGAAAAUAUUAACAACAUAAAGCGGGCACUCAUUUCCGGAUUUUUCCUCAAGGUGGCCCUCGAUGUAGAUGGUUCUGGGAACUACCUGCUCUUAACCCACCGCCACGUGGCACAUUUGCACUCCUUCUCCUCGUACCUGUGCCGUCGUCCCCGUCCCAACCCGCCCAGCUGGGUGCUGUACCAUGACUUCACUAUCUCCCAUGACAACUGCAUCCGCACUGUCUCUGACAUUCAGCCCCAAAUGUUAGUGGAUCUGGCCCCGCAGUACUGUCUGGGGAACCUACCCUCUAGUGAAGGGAAGGAGCAGCUCAUGGAGCUGAAGGGCAGCUUGCUGUCGCCGGUGGAGCAGGGAGAGCGGGACAGUAAGGCAGAAGAGGAUGGGCCACAUGGCAGGGCCCAUGGGACUGGGAACCAGUACAGCACGGAGCUGUGUGCACUGCAGUGACGCACUGCAGUGACGCACUGUGCUUGUGACAUUGCAAACCAGGCAGCAAGAACUGUGACAUCCCCAGAGCCUCUUAUACUGAUGUUUUGUACAAAUCCUCCCAUUUCUUACACAACAAAUCAACAAUGUACAAAAAUGCUAUUAAAAAUAACUUAAACACACGGGGGUAAUGUAGCAUGACAUUUAAAAUUGGGUGAAAACUCCAGACAGGAGUUUAUGCACCGUCUAAUUGGACCUUUUUGCCUUAACUGGUGUGAUUGAAGAGCAAUAAAAACAGUAAUUAAUAGCAGGCAGCCUUAGAUUUAACUGAUGAACUUUUUUCGACCCUUCAUCAGGAUAAAUAAAUGUUAAUAAUGAGGUCAUGGUAAUGUUAAUAAAUAUUGUUAAUGAGUCUAAAUAAUUUACAUGCAAGCAAUAUUUUUAUGUCAAGUUUUGUAAGAAAACAUUUUAGACUUGAACCUGGUUCUGUAUACCGUUAUUGUGGACAACACUGGAUUAUUUGUGAACAAUAAUAAUAUAUCUGGUGGAAUAUU